AUUGAGUUUUCCUUGAUAUAUUGCUCGUUUUCUAUCCGGAUAUGAUAGUACGUUGCAUGAUCUGCAUGAUCAUGCGUGUUUAGUUUGUAUUCGGCUUUUCGCGGUGAAGGUGUUGCCCAACUUUUGCACUGAAUCCCAGUCUUUUGCCAUGGAUACUUCGCCGAAAAACGAGAAAAAGGCCAAUCCCGUGCAGAACGCCAACGUCGUGUCGUACCUCACAUUCUUCUACAUGUUUCCCAUUUUUAAACGAGGCUUCAGAAACGGGCUCACCGAAGAUGACCUCUUUCAACCGUUAGACGAACACAAGUCGAGCAUUUUGGGCGAAAAACUAGAGACGAUAUGGCGAGAAGAACACCGGAAAUACAAAAAGUUUGGCCUAUAUACAGCCCUAUGCAAACUCUUUGGUGUCCAUUUCCUUCUGCUGGGGAUAGUCCGGCUCGUUGACGAGAUCGUCUUAGUCGUGGCAAUGCCCCUGGCCAUCGGCAAACUCGUCACCUACUUUGAGACCGGCCAGACCCUGAUCUCCGAAACCGAGGCCUACAUCUACGCCACCGUCAUCGUCCUCUGCCGCCUCGCCGACCCCCUCAUGGCCCACGGUACCAUGAUGGGUCUCGUCCACCUCUCCAUGAAAAUGCGAGUGGCGUGCAGCGCCCUCAUCUACCGCAAAAUCUUGCGCCUCAACAAAACCGCCCUCGCUGACACCACCAUCGGCCAACUCGUCAACCUCCUCUCCAACGACGUCAGCAAGUUCGACCAAGGUUUCGUCUUGGCCAACUUCGCCUGGAUCGCCCCCAUCCAAGCCGGUGUCGGCACCUACUUGCUCUACCACGAGAUCGGCGCGUCAGCGUUCUUCGGAAUGGCUUUGCUCCUCUCUUUCAUCCCUCUACAAGCCUGGUUCGGCAAGAAGUGCUCGAGUUUGAGGAUGAAGAUCGCCCUCGAGACCGACAAGAGGGUGAGGCUCAUGAACGAGGUCAUCUCCGGGAUCCACGUCAUCAAGAUGUAUUGUUGGGAGAAACCGUUCGGGCAACUGAUCUCACGUGUGAGGAGGCGGGAGAUGAAGGGCAUCCGGGCUAGGGGGUACCUGUUGGGGUUGAUGUACUGCUUCGAGAUGUUCAUCACGAGGGUGUCGAUUUUCGUGAGCGUGCUGGGGUACGUGUUGUUGGGGAACUACAUCACGGCGAAGAGAAUGUUCGCGGUGACGGCUAUCUACGCCGUGCUGCGGCCGGUCAUCACGACGAUUUUUUCUUUGGGGAUCAAUUCCAUAGCCGAGGUGUACGUGUCGGUGAAGAGGAUCCAGACAUUUUUGUCUUUGGCGGAGCAAGAAGGCGAUGAUAGAGUCCGGUUGAACGGGUCGUUCGAGAAACCGGAUAAAGCGAGGGUUGUGCUUGAAAACGUUAGUGCGAAGUGGUUGAAGGACGCCACGGAAAGCACCCUCUCGGGGAUUAACCUAGACAUAAAGUCCAACCAACUCGUGGCUGUGAUUGGUGCCGUCGGCAGUGGCAAAUCUAGUUUGUUUAACGUCAUCCUCAAAGAACUACCAAUCGUGAGUGGUACCUUGACCAUACAUGGCGAAAUCUCCUACUCUUCUCAAGAACCCUGGUUGUUCAGCGCCAGCGUCCGACAGAACAUCCUCUUCGGCGACCAGUACGACCACGAUAGGUACAAACAAGUGGUAAAAACCUGCGCCUUGGAGUCCGACUUCGAGCUACUCCCCCACGGAGACAAAACCCUCGUCGGAGAACGAGGCAAAUCUUUAAGUGGAGGUCAAAAGGCCCGAAUCAAUCUCGCCAGAUGCAUCUACAAGAAAGCCGACAUUUACCUCCUCGACGACCCUUUAUCAGCCGUGGACUCUAACGUCGGAAGACAUUUGUACGACAAGUGCGUCAAAGAGUUUCUUCGUGACAAGAUUUGCAUUCUCAUCACCCACCAGCUGCAGUACUUGAGCAGUGCGGACAAAAUUAUCGUUCUCGAAGAUGGCUGUGUCGAAAUGGAAGGUACUUACACCGAACUCCAAACGAGUGGUUUGGAUUUCACGAAACUGAUGGCGCAGUUUCACACGGAGGAAGAAACGGGGGACGAAGAUAAGAUCCGAUCGGUGGAAAAGUCAAGCGAUGUGGAUGAACAAGACUUGGAGGACGGACCUCUGCUGGAAAAAGAAGGCAUGGAGAGCGGCGGGGUUAAGUUUGGGCUUUAUUUGUCGUACUUCAAGGCCGGGGGCGGCUUGUGCAACGCUGUGUUUAUGUUAGCGGUCUUUAUUGGGGCUCAGGUAGUGGCAAGCGCUUCGGAUUAUUUCGUCACUUAUUGGGUGAACACUGAACAAGACUAUAGGGAAAGGGUACUUGAUAAUCUCACCGGAACGAAUGAGACCUUUCCCAGAGACACCUUAUUGUAUACGUACUCAGGGAUUAUUUUGGCGGUUCUGGUUUUUGGGAUCGUCCACGGAAUCUACUUUAUGUUCUUUUUUGCCCUAGCCUCGUCCACCUUGCACAAUUUAAGUUUUUCCAAAAUUAUUAAAGCGACUAUGAGAUUCUUCAACAGUAACCCGUCGGGACGAAUUUUGAACAGGUUUUCUCGAGAUUUGGGCAAUUUGGACGAAUACAUUCCAGCUAUCAUUUAUGAUGUGAUUGCGGUAGCUUUAGAUUUAUUUGGUGCCAUAAUUUUAUCCGUGAUAGUUGAUUACUGGCUGUGUUUACCCUCCAUGUUAUUACUUCUCAUAUUCUAUAGCUUUAGAAACGUAUACAUAGAGACCAGCCGGAGUGUCAAGAGAAUCGAAGGGAUAACAAGAAGUCCGAUAUACAGCCACAUGAGUGCUUCCAUCUAUGGUCUAAGCACAAUCCGGGCAUUCUCAGCCCAGCGCGUCCUCACUAAGGAGUUCGACGACUACCAAGACAAACACAGCUCCGCCUACUACAUCUUCCUUGCCUCCAACAGAUGCUUCGGCUUCUGGAUAGACGCCACCAGUGCCGUCUUCAUAGCUUGCGCCAUCUUCAUCCUCCUCUUCUUCAAACAAAAUCUCCACGGUGGAGACAUCGGUCUAGUCAUCACCCAGUUCAUCGGUCUCGCUGGAGGUCUCCAGUGGGGGAUGCGCCAGUGGAGCGAACUCGAAAACGAAAUGGUCUCUCUAGAGCGCCUCCUCGAGUACAGUAAAGUCGACACGGACCCCGAGCGCCCCGACCCCGCCGCCGUCCCAAAACUCUGGCCAGAGGACGGCCACAUAGAAUUCCGCAACGUAUCUUUAAAGUACAACCCGCACGACCCCCCCGUAUUGAAAAACCUGAACUUCACUAUCCAACCUAGGGAGAAAAUCGGAAUCGUGGGUCGUACUGGAGCGGGAAAAUCGUCGACGAUUACGGCUCUCUUCCAGUUGUACCCUAUAGAAGGCACGAUUCUUAUAGACGGGGUAGACACUACUAAGCUCCCUCUGGAAGACGUCCGCUCCAAAAUAUCCAUCAUCCCGCAGGAACCCGUUCUGUUCUCUGGGAACAUGCGCAAGAAUCUCGAUCCGUUUGAGGAGUACGACGACGAGACUCUCUGGAACGCCCUGGAUCAAGUGGAGUUGAGGGAAGUGGUGGCGGAACUACCGGAUGGAUUGCAAUCUUACGUUUCCGAAGGUGGGGCUAAUUUUAGUGUAGGGCAGCGGCAGCUGGUGUGUCUGGCGAGGGCUCUAAUUCGGAACAACAAGAUUUUGGUGAUGGAUGAAGCUACUGCGAAUGUUGAUCCAUACACGGAUGCUCUUAUCCAGAAUACGAUUAGGGAGAAGUUUGCGGAUUGUACGGUGCUGACGAUAGCGCAUAGGUUGCACACUGUGAUGGAUUCUGAUAGGAUUUUGGUGAUGAAUGCUGGGAGUGUGGAGGAGUUUGAGCAUCCGUAUGUGCUGCUGGGGGAUAAAAAGGGGAUUUUGUACAGUCUGGUGCAAACUACAGGGAAGACUACGGCUGCGAAUUUGGAAAGUAUUGCUAGAGAGAGUUUCAUGAGGCGCGGGCAGAGCGAGAUUUGAAGAGUCGAGGGAAAACCACGUGUGAUAGCUAGGUGUACUUGUCUUCAGUUUUUUGUUAUUAUUUUAUAAUGAUUAUUUAUUGCUAUAAAUAAAGUAGUUUUAUUUUUGUAA